AUGCUAACAUGUGGCCAAAGCACGGACUACAACAAAAAACUCGAAGAUGUGCUUCUGAAGAAUUACAACAGUCGCCAUCGACCUGUCAAGAAAGAGUCAACGACGGUGCAAGUCAGCGUCUACAUGGGCAUAACCCAUGUUGAGAAAGUGGACGAGCACGAACAAACAAUGCUAGUGCACGGUCAUCUGUGGGCUACAUGGUUUGACGAAUAUCUGGUCUGGAAUCCUAAGGAUUACAAUGAUACCUCAAAGAUCAACAUUGACUCGUGGCGAGUAUGGCAACCGGCGCUCGCUCUUUACAAUAGGCACGUUUGGAAUGUACAUCUCGCUCGUGGCAAUUCCUGGCACUUAUAUAUGCAUGGUUUGCCAGCGAUGGUCACCAGUUCUGGAAGGGUUUGGGCAAGUGGAUCAUUCUCUUUCCACGUCACUUGUAGAUUCGACUUCUCUGACUGGCCCUAUGACGAACAGGAAUGUCCAAUCGUGAUCGCUGACUGGGUGUACGAUUUGUCUCGCGUAAACCUCUCGGACCCACAGGGCGAUGCUCCAUGGUUGAAGCCUAGCAUUCGUCUCAAUUACGAUCCAAUUCGUCAGGAUGAAAAGAAGCAUGUUGCUGGUGGGUGUUCCUUACACUUAUUUUUUGAUAAGGACGCGAAGUGCUUUUUACGACAACUGAGCCAGCACUAA